AUGGAACAUUUGGCUCAAGACUUGACCGUUGCUCUAGAAGAAUCCGAAAGCUGUGGCCCAAUAAAUAUCGCUAACGCUGCUAAAUGGGGCAUGAGACGUCGAACCAGAUCCGCGGGGAAUUUGCCUAAAUACUUUCGUAAGCAUUCGACUCAGCAAGAUAAAAGUUACCUAUCACACUUAUAUGUCAACAAACCUGGCGACAAUUCUGACGCCAGUUCGAGUAGUAAUUCCGAAACAAGAACUGAAAAGCAAAAAAAUAAACUAGUAAGCCUUCACCAAUCUGAUUCAGAUGACAUGUCUUUAAGUAUAUCCAUAGCUAAGGCUUUAAGUCCGAAAUCGUCGUUUCGCAUGCAUCCCCCCAUGUAUAACUUUUUAAAAGGUGUCAGCAAUUGCUUGGAAAGCGACUCUGUAAACGAGCACUCGCCCGCCCGACCCAACAUCCGCAGGAAGAGAAAAUUCAAACGAAUGAGUGUUGAUCAAACCCCUGUUACUCAAUGUGGCAAAAGGAAAAGGUCCCAACGAUUGGACGUGAUCGAUAACGGAAAAUCCAUAAGACACGCCACGAAAUUCGAGCCUUUACAUCCGAGCAUCGUAGAUAAAAUCGAGAAAUUCUGCCAUCCAUCCAGCACAUUUGACGUAAAUUCAAUGGAAACGCAGAGUUUCGAUGAAAAUUGCGAGGUAGCCAGCGAAAGUAGCAUCAGCUGGAGCGGAGGUGAGGGUCACGAAGGCGAUGAUGAACUCACCGAUUGGGCCCCAUCGUUAGAUAACGCAUCCGCAAUGGAUCAAGCAUUUAACGAUUCAGAUCCUAGAGAAAUUAGAGCAGGUUGUAGACGCCUAGGAGAGGAAAGACCAGGUUUCAGUAUUAACACGAGCGCCAAUGAAAGAGUGGCGAAAUUUCUUCGAGACUCCUCCAAAUCCGAGCUUCGGUUAUACGGAGCCGAAAAAGACAAACUGGGACAACUUGCUGCCUUGUACUCGUUGGAUUUGUGGUUCGAGAGUUCCAGUUCUUCGUUGUUAAAGAAAACGAACAAAACACCUUCGAUGCAGCCUACUCAAAGGCACCAUUCCGGACUUACUGCUGUGCACAAGAAGAUCCGUACGCAAAAUCAUCAUCGGAUAUCGUAG